AAACUCGCAUGCACCACAACAAAAUUCGCCGGCAAAUGCGGCGCGCAGUAUGCAAAACAAUGCCGAAACGUGCAGUUCGGCCACUGUAUCUGAAUCUGAAAUAAUAAUACAAUGCCAAACUACGAGCAAACUUAGGGCAAAGUAAACAAAAACUUCGUCAGCACCAAAAGCCGAAUUCGAUAAACGUGCGCGAAAAACACAAACUAAAUAGGGCAAAUGUGGCGAUAAAGUUGGGAGGGAAAUAAAUAACCCCAGGUGCUUUUCCUGCUGCCUGCAUCCAAUCCAAAUUAGCGGCCAAAACUCAAGGAAAAUAAACAAAUAAUUUUGCUACCAGCCGCAGCCGAAUCACAAAUAAAUCCAACGUGGAGUGAAAAAUAACACUAGCGUCGCAAUCCGAGGAAUUGCAGAAACGCUUGCCAAAUAUUUUGAAAACCCCGAAAAGUGUGUGGUGUGCCAUUUUCUCGGAUUCGAAAGGAUGAGUGGCUAGAUGACACAUUAUAUUCAAGUGGACCGCCAAAAUGCAAGCCCAUAACGAGUUGAGUGCAACAACACGGGAAACCUGAUUAAAGUAAUUAAAUUUGAGCUGGGCAGCGCUUAGCUGGAAAUAUGUUUACGUGGCUGAUGAUGGACGUACUCCAAUUUGUGAAAGGGGACAUGACACCCGAUUUAGAAGGAAAUACCACAAAUUGGUAUAAUGCGAACGAGAGCUUAUAUACCACGGAACUGAACCACAGAUGGAUUGGCGGUAGUGCCACAAUCCAGCCAGAGGAGCCCCCAUAUGGAACCGAUUUGCCCACCUAUCAACAUUGCAUAGCCACGCGGAAUUCCUUUGCUGACUUGUUCACGGUGGUGCUCUACGGAUUUGUUUGCAUUAUCGGAUUAUUUGGCAACACACUGGUGAUCUACGUGGUGCUGCGCUUUUCCAAAAUGCAAACCGUCACGAACAUAUACAUCCUGAAUCUGGCGGUGGCAGAUGAGUGUUUCCUGAUUGGAAUACCCUUUCUGCUGUACACAAUGCGCAUUUGCAGCUGGCGAUUCGGGGAGUUCAUGUGCAAAGCCUACAUGGUGAGCACUUCCAUCACCUCGUUCACCUCGUCCAUUUUCCUGCUCAUCAUGUCUGCAGAUCGGUAUAUAGCGGUGUGCCAUCCGAUUUCCUCGCCCCGAUAUCGAACUCUGCAUAUAGCCAAGGUGGUCUCCGCGAUUGCCUGGUCGACUUCAGCGGUCCUUAUGCUGCCCGUGAUGCUUUAUGCCAGCACUGUGGAGCAGGAGGACGGAAUCAACUACUCCUGCAACAUAAUGUGGCCAGAUGCGUACAAGAAGCACUCGGGCACCACCUUCAUACUCUACACAUUUUUCCUGGGAUUCGCCACACCACUGUGCUUUAUCCUGAGUUUUUACUACUUGGUCAUAAGGAAGCUGCGAUCGGUGGGCCCAAAACCAGGCAGCAAGUCCAAGGAGAAGAGGCGGGCUCACAGGAAGGUUACCCGACUGGUUCUGACGGUGAUAAGUGUAUACAUCCUCUGUUGGCUGCCUCACUGGAUUUCGCAGGUGGCCCUGAUUCACUCGAAUCCCGCUCAGAGGGACCUAUCCCGACUGGAAAUACUCAUCUUCCUGCUUUUGGGGGCACUGGUGUACUCGAACUCGGCGGUGAAUCCCAUACUGUAUGCCUUUCUGAGUGAGAACUUCCGCAAGAGCUUCUUCAAGGCCUUCACCUGUAUGAAUAAGCAGGACAUCAACGCUCAGCUGCAGCUGGAACCCAGUGUAUUCACCAAACAGGGCAGUAAAAAGCGGGGCGGAUCCAAGCGCCUGCUGACCAGCAAUGCGCAGAUUCCCCCACUGCUGCCAUUGAAUGGUGGUAACAACAAUUCAUCGACCACCACAUCCUCGACCACGACAGCGGAAAAAACCGGUACCACGGGCCCUCAAAAUUCAUGCAGCUCCAACGGCAAAGUGACAGCUCCGCCGGAGAAUUUGAUUAUAUGUUUGAGUGAGCAGCAGGAAGCCUUUUGCACCACCGCCAGAAGAGGAUCCGGUGCAGUGCAGCAAACAGAUUUGUAACCCAGCUUGAGUAGGAACUUGCUUUAAAUAUACGAUAAGGAGGAUACGUUAAACACACAGUAUAUAGGGCAUUUAAGUUAUUUUGUAACCCUUUCUCAUCCAAACAAAUGAAGAACUUAAGACUAAGCAGUAUUAUAUGUCUACGGAAUACAAAUUGAAUAUGAAUUCAACCAAGAUUUGAAAGCAAGUCUGUACAACCGCACAUCGAUGUAUUAGCAAUAUUUGAAAGUGGACGGAGCUCAAAUGGAUUACAUUUCCUUAUUGAAAUCGAUUUGUUGCAAAAACAUCCAUAAAGACGGCUUGACGUUUAGUAAUAUAUUAACAAUAUGAAUAAUUUAUAUUAACUGUUAAA